CCGGCGGCUUCCGGUUGUGCUGCGAGCUCCCGUGACCAACAUGCACAUUUGUAGCGUUUGCAGCGAGAAGACGCCAAAGUACAAGUGUCCAGCAUGCCGGACGAGAUAUUGUUCACUAGUCUGUUACAAGAAGCAUAAAGAUACUUGUGCACCAGUGAAGGAGCCAGCGCCACCUUGUGUUGAGGAGACAGCAUCCUCCACUGAACCGUGGAACACCGAGGACCUGCUGGAUGAAGAUGACUGUGUAGACACGGUGUCGUCACAGAGGCUCCAGCUGUUAGGAGAAUCGGAGGGACUGCGGGAGCUUCUUCGUAACCCCCACCUCCGACAGCUAAUACGCGCCAUUGAGAGCGCCGACAGCAAGGAGGACGCCAUGAGGACGGCCAUGCAGGAGCCGCUGUUUGUCGAAUUUUCGGAUCAGUGUUUGCAGAUUGUUGACAACGACGGGAACUAAAGUCGGGGGGCACAGGGGAUUUAGAGACGCGUCACCGGUUAUUUUCUUGCCCGGUGCGGGAUUCGAUACGGGGUGCACUGCACCACAAGGUGACGUCACUAACCGCUCGGCUAAAGGCUCAGACCCGUUAGCUAGGGGCUAACGUGUCUUGUUAGUAGUUUACGGAAGUGCGUGAAUUUGACUAGAUUCCCUUUUAUUUUUUUACAGUACAGCACCUUUUUAUGUGUCGCCAUAAUCUACCAAACACCCAAGCACGCUGUGUACUUAGCUAGCUAGUUUCAAUGGCCUCUGUUAAUCUUAAUGACCCGCCUUUCACCUUUUUUUUAUGCUCUGCGAGUGUUCAAAUAAAAAUGAUGAAACC